AUGUCUCCUCGAUUCAUCUCGGAGCAUGCAACGAAGUACAACUACUUCUGCGCUAUCACAGUGUGCACAGGAUCGUUGUUAUGGGGCUACGACUCGGGUAUCUUUGCCACAGCUCAGGCGCAAGAGUACUUCGAGAUCAAGUUCCACCCAAGCCCCUCAAUCCUCGGAGCCAUCAUCUCGACAUACACAGCAGGCGGCGCGGUGGGUUGUCUCUUCUCAUGGCCAAUCGGCCAUCGUGCAGGCCGCCGCGGCACCAUGAGGAUAGGUGGAGUGAUCGCUAUCAUCGGGACGACUCUGCAGACCGCGGCGGUGAAUGUGGGCAUGUUGAUCACCGGUCGAUUGAUCGCAGGUUUGGCCAUUGGUAUCAUCUACUUCGCCAUCCCGCAAUACCAGUCUGAGAUUGCGCCGCCGGAACACCGCGGUAGUAUCGUAGGAUUGCAUCCCCAGUUCAUUGGGUUUGGGUACGCCUUGAGCAAUUGGAUCGGCUUCGCGGUGUCGUACAGCCAUGGCCAGUUCACCUACGCCUUCCCUGUCGGUCUCCAGAUACUAUGGGCGGUUAUCCUGCUCGUCUGUACCUUCUUCCUUCCAGAAUCGCCUCGAUUCCUUAUCGAGCAAAGCCGCAACGAAGACGCUUUCAACAUCAUGAAGCGCUUCCGCAAGGGCGACGAGGCAUACGUCCGGAAAGAGUUCAAGCAGAUGGUAGACCAGAUCAAUUGGGAACAGGAGAAUGAGGUCUCGUCCAUUGUCGGGAUCAUGCGCAAACCGAGCUACCGGAAGCGGCUGUUCCUGGGAUGUUUCGUUCAGUUCGCCCAGCAGAUCUGCGGGAUUUCGGCGAUCAAUUAUUAUCAGACUAAGAUGUAUGUCUCGCUUGGUAUAAGAGGGCCGACGGUACUGGCACUUGCUGGGGUUUGGGGAUUGACUGGUCCGCUGGCGAAUUUGUUCUGUCUGGCUUUUGUUAUUGAUAGAGUGAAGAGACGAACGAUGUUCAUCUGGGGUUCGUUUGGAAUGGCCUUGGAUAUCUCGAUUGUUAUGGCCAUUGUAGCCAUCUAUAGCGGAGGGCCGAACACUGUUGCAAAUAGCUUCGGGGUAGUCUUCCUGAUUCUAUUCGGCGUCAUCUUCAGUCUCAGCUGGAACGCCGGGGCCCCUGUGUACUGCACCGAGAUCUUUCCCCAGAACAUUCGGGCAACUGGAGGUGCGAUUGGCACGUUCAUGUCAUUUCUCGUCCAGGUCAUCCUCGCACAGGCGUCUCCGACGGCGCUCAACAACGUUGGAUGGCAAGUCGUGCAAUGGCUACAUUCGUAUCGAAUACGUUCGCUGAUGACGAGCAGGCGCUACUACAUCUUCUUUCUGGUGCUGAACCUCUUUUGUGCGGCGUGCGUUUGGUUCCUCUUACCAGAAACGUUCGGCAAGAGUUUGGAGGAGGUCUCGGAAGUUUUUGGUGACACUUUUGUUACGAUUCACAUGGACGAUGCCGUUCCCGCCGAGAAGUUGCAAGUAACGAACCGUGUGGAGGGAGUAGAGUUGAAGGCAUGA